AUGCUUAGAAAUUUGGCUAGACGAUCUCUUACCCUCAGUCGCCCUCUUCUCACCAGAUCGCUCAACGUCCCCAACCGAAUCAGUUAUCGCCCUAAGUUUGUAUCGAACAUGAGCACCAAAACCAUCAUCAAUAGCCCCAAGCUUUCCAGCGCUGGCCCUUACAAUCAAGCCAUCAAGGCCAACGGAACCAUCUAUUGCUCUGGUCAAAUCCCUGUCAAGGAUGGAAAGGUUGUCGAAGGCUGUGUUGGCACUCAAACCCGACAAUGCCUUUUGAACUUGCAAGAUGUCUUACAAGAAGCUGGCUCUGGUUUAGAAAAGAUUGUCAAGAUCAACAUCUUUUUGUCUGACAUGAAUGACUUUGCUACUGUCAACAAGGCUUAUUCCGAAACACUUCCUGACCCUAAGCCCGCUCGUUCUUGCGUAGCUGUCAAGACUCUUCCCCUUGAAGCUCAAGGUGUCAGAAUCGAAAUUGAGUGCAUUGCUGUCGAGUAA